AAGUCUUUCGUUCUCUUUCCCUCCCUCUUACCGUCUUACGUAAGUAGUUAAGACCAGUUGCCAAUUUUUUUCCUGCAGACGAGAAGGCUAUUAGGGCUUUGUCUCUCUGAUCGAUCUGAAACGGAGCUUUCGUCAUGGUUCUUCUACAGCCAGACCCAUUUCUUAAUGAACUGACUAGCAUGUUUGAGCGCAGCACAGAGAAAGGCUCUGUUUGGGUCACUCUUAAACGCUCCUCCUUGAAGUCUAAGGCGAAGAGAAAUAAAAUGGUGACCUCAGGUGAAACUAUUGAAUAUAGAUGCCUUGUCCGGGCAACUGAUGGCAAGAAAACCAUUUCAACAUCGGUGGGUGCUAAGGAUCACCAGCGCUUUCAGGCAUCUUAUGCAACCAUUCUCAAGGCCCACAUGACUGCUUUGAAAAAGCGGGAGAGGAAGGACAAGAAAAAGGCUGCAGAGGCGGAUAAGAAGCCCAACAUUGUGAAGAAGCUUCCUGCCCCCUAGGCCACUGUAUAAACUUGAUUGCCUUGGUUCGUUUGAGACCUUUUUUUUUCUUCAUUUUUGUUUCCAAAUUUUUGUUUGGUUAUCUUCUUUUUUUGCCCCAUCUUCAAAAGAUUAAAAGAUUUCCAAUCGGGAAUCAAAACGUGUUCACAUACCUGAUACACGUCAAACAUAUUUCAUGUGACUAAUUUUUGAAGAGUAGAAAUAUAAGCAAAACGAAACAUUUCCCGAUGGACC